CAGAGCAAGAGCGCUCUAUUCCAUCCGUUUUUCUGAAAUCGACAGGGCAACUGAUUGCACAAUUUUAGCGACCAAAAUCGAUUAGUGCGGAGUUCGACGGCUCGUUUUGAAUACCCAAACUUUGGUGCAUUUCCACCACACCUCUUUCUUCUUUUUUCUCCUCCACACUACCUUUUUAAUUUUUUUAUAUUUCAGCAGGACGUGGGCAGGAACCCUUCCCCCCUACUCGCCAUAGAUACUCGACCACGCAUCAUAUAUAUCGACUACGCGACACUUGCUUACUACAGAAAAUACACAGUAUUACAUGACGAGCGAAAUACUACAUACCCUGGGUGCCUAUGUGAAGCAUUAUGCGGUUGAUCUGGCACCAGGAAGCGAGACCGACUUUGCGGAUUCUUUAGGAGGCUCAUGGUAUAUCUCGCCGACACAACACGCUAUCGAGUUCUUAACACUAGCACCAAUGUAUUUGGGGUUUGCGGCUUAUUUUGGGUGGAGGGCAUUCAACAAGAGCACGCCCGCUUACCGUCUGCUGACAUCGACCGAGAAAUUGCCACCUCGACCCCUCCUGGAAACUUUAUGUCUUGUUUUGUUGAUUGCCUCUUUUAGCACGACUGUCGCACACAAGGCAGUAACGGGUACCUUGAUGUUUCUUAUGCAGCCAUGUCAUGUCAGUGCUGGACUUUUAAUUCUUGUGAUGAGCUGGCCUGAUCACAAGUACCCGAUCAUCCCUCGAGUCUUAUUCAAUAUCUACUUGCAUACCCUCUGGGGAGCCAUUCUGGCUCUGAUCUGGCCUGAUCUUCGAGAUCAUGAAAUGUUGGGCGAGGUCUUCAACUUCUUUAUGGAGCAUGUCCUGGUCUUGGUCCUGCCAUUCUACAUGGUGUUAAGUCGUCGUUACGUGGUGAUGCCCCUAUCGCUUGACAUGGCACUCUUUAGCUUCUUCCUGUACGCUGCUUAUCACAGCCCGGUCUUGCAUCUCUCAUCUCUAUUAUCUGGUUUUAAUCUUAAUUAUGCGCUGGUGCCCCCCGCAUUGACGUUUUUGAUCGCAUCGGGCCCAUGGUAUCGAGGGAUUAUGUACUUUAGCGCAUUGCUUUUGAUGUUCAUUACGCGAUAUGGGCUAGUAGAAAACUUCUUGUUGCUGGUUCAUGGCAUCCAAAUUAUGAUCCAGAAGAAAAAGAAGUCUGCAUAGAGCCUUGCCACCUUCUCCACUCGGUCUUCUUCCCAAAAGUAUCGCAAGCGCAAAACAUGAGCCUGUUCUCUGCUCUGGCUGCUUGUGGUUUGGGUUGCGGUCUCCUAUCACAACCUCAUUCACUUACAUAUUUUUUUUCCUUGCACUUUUACACAUUCAUCCCAAGCCAACCUUUUGCCUCCCUCUCUCCUAGUUUU